AAUGGUUCAGGCGGUUGCUAUGCUGUCGUGUAGUUUUCUACAGGUCUAACGGUACUCCCCUACAUGUGUAAUGGUUCAGGCGGUUGCUAUGCUGUCGUGUAGUUUUUACAGGUCUAACGGUAUAGCGUCAACGCUAACGGAAACAUGAUGGGACUGAUGCUCGCGCCUUGAAAAAUAUCCAAAUAUCGGCGGAUUCCAAAACGUUAUUUUCAAAACGCCAUAACGACGUUUGCUAAAAAUGUCUUCCAUACGCAGGGUGAACGGACAAUUCCCGUGUAUGAGCCCCGCUGUCAGCUGGUCCCGGCUGCGUCAUGUACAGUCUCUGCUGUGGGAGAGGGAAGCCGGCCCUGAUGGGAUUCUCUGCUCUCUGGGCAUUGACAGCAGGUAUAACGAGGGCUGCAGUGAGCUGGCCAACUACCUGUUCUACGGACUGUACAGGAACAACCAGCUGAACCUGGAACACAUUCUGGAGGACUUCCCUGAGGAGGUGCUGGAUGAUGUGAUCGUGCUGAUCAAGGCAGAGUGUGUCCACCUGUACUGUAAUCCUGUCAACUACAGUUACCUGCUGCCCUACGUCUCCCACUGGAGGAACCUCACCAUACACUGCAUGAACCAAACAGAGUAUGAAGACGAGGAAGCAGCGGAGGAGUUUAAGAUCUCCAGCUUUGUGAGCAUGGUUCAGGACUGCAGCCGUAUAGGUGUUCCUUACAGCACCCAGGGCCACAUCCAGAAGUUUGACGUGUUUAUGAUAGAGAAGUGGCCCAUCAUUCAGGCCUUCGCUCUGGAGGGAAUCGGUGGAGGAAGCUUCUUCACCAUGAAAUACAAGUUGAUGGACAUUAGUGAGAAGCUGUGGCAGACCUACACCAGAUUGGACCCUGUCUCUCUAGACCACCUCCUGACUGAGGACCUGGUGUUGUUUGAGAAGCAGUGGAGCAGUUUCUUCUCCAGCUUUGACAUCGAGAGCCAUCUGUCUAUCCUGGAGCUGUCUGAGGCUCAGGCAGGGGAGGCAUUCCGGAGUUACUUCUCUCAUGGCCUGAUCUCCAGUAACAUAGCUGACAGCAGUAGGAGACGGCAGCCAUUUGUUCUGUUUGGGAGCCACUCCUCCAUGGAGAACCUUCUCAGCUACUCCUUCAACUUCCCUUCUGAUGGACACCAGGUCCGCAACACCGGACCACAGGGCGCCCCAGCCAAACACAUGGUUCUCCAGUGUGUGGCUCCUAAAGGAUCUUUAGCCUGCUCCAGGACUUACUUCUUUGGAACCACUCACAUCCCCUACCUAGGGAAUGACAACAUUCAACAGAGGAAAACAGAACUCCUUCUCCUGUCUCAGAUCUAUGCAGCAGUCGUCCAGUCGGUCCUGGCAGGAAUCAAAUGCUACUCCAACACCACUAGUGCUACUAAGGCGAAGGACGUAGCAGAGCAUACCUUCCAGCUGGCACUGGACUCCGUCCACUUGCCUCAGUACAGGACUGCUCUCAGAUCUAAAAGUGUGUUCCACAUCCAAGCUGUGAAUAACCAGGGCAGAAUUGUUCCUCUGAGUGAAGAAGAGAGCCGCUUCUUGGUGAAAACUGCGUCCAUGUCAGUGUACGACAUCCCAGACCUCCAGUGGGGGAAAGGAGACCUGGGCUCUGUAGUCUUCUCGGAGUCCUUCCUGGUGUCCAGCAUCAACAUCCAACAGAAGGAUGGAAGUGUUUCCUCAGACAGCUGUUACACCAUCCUGACUACAGCUCUGCCUCGAUACGUCUGCUGGCUGGUGGAGUCUGAUGUGAAGCACUCUGAGAAGGCCCAGGUCCUGCUCAAGGAGGAGGAUAGUACCUGCCUGGGUACCUCUCUGACUACAGCAGACACAGCUCAUGUGUUCUCUAACAGCCAGCUCUCCACCCCAGAGGAAGGGAAGAUGAGCUUCUUCACCGAGGGUAUACUGUUCGUCCAUCCUCAGUACGGCACCAUCACUCUACCCAGAGGCCUCAUCAGCAGCAUCAAGUUCACGGACCUGGACUCGUGGAGCGUGGUGGCAGCUCUGUUUGUCCAGUAUGAAGCUGCUCUGCUGUCCCACCUGCCCUUCCCUCUCCACAGUGACGACCACUGUCUGGUCUUCAGCCUCCAGCCACGCUCACAGAGUCACAGAUCCUUCUGCUCACAGGUGUUACCAGUGUGGCAGGCGUCAGACUCUGGACUCUCUCUGCAGUUGGUGGACAGAGAACAGCUGACCUGGGAUCAGAGGAACAUGCUCUCCAGACUACAGUGGCUGCAUGACUGCCACGCCCCCCCUGUGGCCAAACGCAGAGGCAGCCUGAAGGCCUCAUACUCCCAGCUACCAGAACAGGAGAUGUUCCUGCAGCACUUUGCUCUGAGCAGUGUGGGUCAGGAGCCCAUCCAGGAUGACCACCUGGGGGCACUGUUCCCCACGCCAGACACCAGGAACCAGCUGGCAGGACACACUGACAAGGUGGUUAUAACCAUCAUCUCUGGACUACCAGGCAGCCACAAGAACAGACUGGCUAACUUCCUGGUCCAGCUGAAUAGAGAAGGAGGAAGGUGGGUGGUAUACCAGCCAGGUCCAGACAGCAGUGAUGGUGUCUCCACCUCCCACCUGCAGCGCUACCUGUCCUGCUUCCUGGAGACACAGAGAGCACCUGGAGGGAAACCCCGACUACUGCUGCUCACUCCUGGAUGUACAGAUGUGUUAGACGUGGUCCAGGCGGUGCUGUCCCAUCCAGACGCUGUGGUCCAGGCCUGUUUCACCAUCGGGGCGGUCACAGCCUGCGUGAACCCUCUCAGCUCAUACAUGGAACACAGGUUUGUCUUCCCUAAGCUGGUGGAGCAGUGCAGCCAAGGUAUAGUGAGUACAGUCGUCUUCACUGGACUGACAGCAGACCAGAAGAACCCUCUCCUCCAAAGCAUACAACAGCUGAUCCGGUCAGCCAAUCCCAACGCUGUCUUUGUCCUGGCAGAGAGAGGAGCUGUUACCAGGAAUGAGGAUAUGAAGAUGAUUAUGUCUGAGAGCAGCUUCUCUGAGGCUCAGAUGAUGAGAGCCCGUUACCUGCUCUACCCUGGCUGGUGUAAGGGCCGGUUCAGCAGUGGCUGUGGGUCCCUGUCUCUGGUCCACCAGUGUGUGAUGUUCAGCCUUCCCCUGGAGAGACCUCUGUUUCUGACACACUGUAAAGCCUUCAAGUCAGCUCUGAGUCCAAACCCUUUCAGAGGAAAUGUCUACAACAUCUGGGGGAAGGUCCUCUUCUCGGACUCUGAGAGGAUGAUGGAGGUGAGCUACAACACUGUGAGUGGGAACCUCUGUAUCACCCAGCAGCCCCUGGGGGACAGCCACCAGGGAGACCAGGAGCCCUCUGGAUGCUUCCUGGUGUUCCAUGGAGUGGGAUUGACACAGGAGGCCCUGAAGGACUGGCUGAGGUUAUGUGUAAAACAGAAGGAGGUGAGGAAGGUGAAGAGGACCCAGAUGAGCCUCUCUCCUCAGGAGAUCAGGACCAUCCAUGUGAAGAGACAUCUGGACCCUUUACCUCCAGGCUUCUUCUACAAUGGACAACAGUAUGUCAGUUUCUUUGGAGAAAAGAACAACUUCCAUCCACAAAUGGACCAGUUCAUAGCGGAGUAUGUUGAGGAGGCCAACAGAGAGAUCGACCUCUUCAACAAUCGGCUGGACCAGCAGCAGCACCAUGACCUGUUUGACCCUUAGUGACCCCUAAUGACCCCCAGGGUUAGGGUUAGAGGUCGUCUGUCUCGUCCUUUUACUGUUUGUCCUCUCCUUCUCAGCACAUCUCAAAGGGAAACAUGGGGGAGUGGGGCAGGGAGACUAUUACCAUACAUACUGUAACCUCCACUAUACCAUACAUACUGUAACCUCCACUAUACCAUACAUACUGUAACCUCCACUAU